AUGGGAUCAGUGCAAAUCGAGUCCUACGAUGUCCUCAUCAUCGGCGCCGGCUUGUCCGGCGUUUGCAGUCUUUAUCACCUGCGCAAACGGUUCCCCUCGUGGAACAUCAAGGUGAUCGAGGCAGCCGAUUCUGUAGGUGGAACAUGGUAUUGGAACAGAUAUCCCGGUGCCAGAGUUGACUCUGAGUCACUCUCUUAUGCCUUCUCCUUCGACAAGGAGCUGAUGAAUGAGUGGCACUGGAAGGAGUCGUUUGCACCGCAGUCGGAGAUUCUGCGAUACGUCGAGCGCAUUGCUGAGAAGCAUGACUUGGCCAAGAAUAUCCAAUUCAACACACGCAUCAAGUCUGCUCGGUGGCAGGACAGCGCUCACACAUGGCUAUUCACCGAUGAAUCCGGCAAGCAAUACCAGACUAGAUUCUUCGUCAGCUGCAUGGGCUUCUUGUCAUCGCCAACUUUGCCGGCCAUCCCCGGCAUCGAGUCCUUCAAGGGCCAGGCUUUCCAUACCUCCAGUUGGCCGAGAGAUUUCAAUCUCAGCCGUGACUUUGGCAACAAGCGGAUUGGCGUGAUUGGUACCGGAGCAACUGGAAUUCAGACAAUUACUGCCGUUUCAAAGGAGCCUACCGUGAAAUCGCUGACCGUCUUCCAACGAACGGCAAACUGGUCAGCACCUCUACGCAACGAACCAAUCAGCCUUGAACAAAUGCAGACGCACUGGGAGAAUUACGACGAGCUUUUCAAGUUCUGCAACGAGACACCAGCCUGCUUCAUGCAUCAAGCUGACCCGCGCAGGUCCUUGGAGGUAUCUCCAGAGGAACGUCUUGCUCUUUGGGAAGAGAUCUACGCAAAGCCCGGGUUUGCAAAGUGGCUCGGUACUUUCAGUGACACUUAUACCAAUCGCGAGGCCAACAAGAUGUACUCCGAUUUUAUCGCGGACAAGAUUCGAGCCCGUGUGAAUGACCCAAAAGUUGCUGAGAGUUUAAUUCCCAAGAGCCAUGGUUUUGGUACCCGGCGAGUACCUCUGGAGAGUGGUUACUUUGAGGUGUACAACCAGCCAAAUGUUCACCUAGUCGACCUUCAACAAACGCCGAUUGAUCAUAUUACAGAGACUGGAAUUAAAACCUCGGAUGGCGAGGUGCAUGAGCUUGAUGUUUUGAUUUACGCCACUGGCUUUGAUGCUAUCACGGGUGCAUUCAGUGCCAUCGAAUGGCACGGCAAGGAUGGCCGCCCUCUUCUCGCCAACAGCGACUCAAAGAAUGGCGAACAGGCAGUGUGGAUUGAUCAUAGGCCACAGACUUUCCUCGGUAUUACCGCUCGCUCAAUGCCUAAUAUGUUCAUGGUUCUUGGACCACACCAGCCAUUCGGCAACGCCCCACGCACCAUCGAACAUGCGGUCCAAGUCGUUUCCGAUCUACUUCAAUACUGCAAGGAUAACGAUUACUCUUAUGUGGAACCUACGGCAGAGGCAGUAGAAGGGUGGACGGAGCAUGUUGUUGAGUGUAGCAAGGGUCAUCUCGCGAACGAGAUUGACAGCUGGAUGACUGGUGUGAACAAGAAUAUCAAGGGCAAGACUGUUCGCAGUGUGGCAAGAUAUUCUGGACAUGCGGUGGAGUAUCGGCGGAAGUGUGCUGAGUGCAAAGCGGAUGGAUGGAAGGGACUGGCCUUUGCAUAA